UUAUUUGCGAAUCUCCUGGAUAAAUAACAGAGGAAAACAUAAAGUAUUGUGGUACUUCUGAGGCUAGAAAGAUCAGUGAAAUUGUGCCGGAACUUUACUAAAUGAUCAACAAAGUUCCAAGGAAAUUCGGAUUAUUGAAGUUUCACAACUACUCAAAUCCAGGUAGUUUUUAUUGCCUUAAAUUCAGAAUCUGAGGAAGGUUCUUCACAAAUGGAUCAAAAUUUGUCUCCAUUGAUAAGCUGUUGUAUCUUCACGACUUUCUUUUUUCUGGCAAGAACAGCCUUAGGCACUGUGCAGCAUAACAAUGAAGCCUGUGUGCCGAAAUCCUGUGGCGAUGGCCUAAACAUAAGCUACCCAUUUUAUAUCCAUGACAAGCAAGAAUCCUCCUGCGGGCAUCCUGAAUUCCAACUGUCAUGCAAUAACCAAGGGAAUCCAAUUCUCAACAUAAACAGUACCGACUACACUAUCCACCAAAUCUUCUAUACAAACCAGUCUUUUCUUCUCUCAAACCCACUGAUUUCUGCAACACUAAAUACUUCAUGUAUCAAUAGACUUCCCCGAAUCCAAAACCUGUCAUUUCCUGAUGAAUACUUCGAGCUCGUUCCUCUUCAAAAAGAAACUGUUUUGAUAUAUAAUUGUGAGUACUCAAAAUUACCUGAUAAUGUCAACUUUUUCAAGGUGAAUUCUUCCUGUGACGGCGAAAAUAGUUCAUUGUUGGCGGUGUAUAAGAACGAUGCUAAUUUGGGUAACGCGUUGGAUAAAUGUAAUGAUGUAGUGGUGGCACCUGUGGAUAUAAAUGAAGAAGACAAUCUUAUGGGGAUUCAAGAAAGACUUAAAAGAGGGUUUUUACUUAAAUGGACAGUUCCAAAUGUAACAACUGAAGAUCUUCCUAAAUCUGACUCAAAUGUAACAGCUGGAGAUCUUCCAGAACCUGGCUCAAGUAAUGGCAAAGGUCUAAUAAAAAAGGUUGCAGUAGCUGUAGUAGUCACUGGAAUUGCAAUAUUGACCAUAAUUCUAGUUUUUUGCUUGAUCUGGAGAAAAUCAUCAUGGAAUAUGUAUAUGCCCCUCUGGAAGAAGAAAACUAAGAGAAGUCAAGAUGACAUUGAGUUCAAUUUAUAUCCUAAAAGAUACAGUUUUGCAAAAGUUGAGAGUUCAUUGAGUGAAGAACUUGGGACAGGAGCCUUUGGAUGUGUUUACAAAGGUAACCUCGAUGGUGUUGAUGUGGCAGUGAAGGUCUUGAACGAAUCCAAAGGUAAUGGAGAAGAAUUUAGUAAUGAGGUUAAAAGCAUUAGUAGCACUUCUCAUGUUAAUAUAGUCAAUCUUAUCGGUUAUUGUUCUGAAGAGAAUGGCAAAAGAGCUCUUAUCUAUGAGUUUAUGCCUAAUGGAUCUCUUGAGAAGUUCAUUUAUGGAGAAAAUCCAUUGAUGAUAGAUGAUAAGCUGAAGUGGAAAACAUUGCAUAAAAUUGCAGUUGGCAUAGCUAAAGGCUUGUGCUACUUACAUAGCGGCUGCAAGACACAAAUUUUGCACUUUGACAUAAAGCCACAUAAUAUUCUCUUAGAUGAAGACUUCAAGCCUAAGAUAUCUGAUUUUGGCCUCUCUAGAAUAUGUCCUGAGAAACAAAGUAUCAUAGAGAUGACAAACGGACGAGGAACUCGUGGCUACAUUGCUCCAGAAUUAACAACACCAGGUCAAAAAAUUGGAGGGUCUCAGAAAUCGGAUGUUUAUAGCUAUGGAAUGAUGGCCUUAGAAAUGGUUGGAGGAAGAAAGAAUCUUGAUAUCGGAGCUGAUCAAAUCAGUAAAAUAUAUUUUCCAGAUUGGGUUCACAAACGUCUUGAAUUAGAACAAGAACUUGAACUACAAGGCAUUGCAAAUGAUGAGGAUAAAGAAUAUGCAAGGCAGAUGCUAAUAGUGGGCUUGAAGUGCAUUCAGAGUAAUCCCUCUGACCGGCCAACAAUGAGUGAAGUGGUGGAUAUGUUAGAAGGAAAGCUUGGUCCCCUGGAAAUUCCGCCCAAGCCUUAACUUCCCAAGAUCGCCUGCUUCCUCUCCAAUGAAUUUCACUGAAUACUAUUGGUUCACUGAUGAUCGGAAAGCUUUCAAUCUUGUAAUAUAUGUCUGUUGUUUAUUUAACAAAAUAUUUCUGUAAGAGUAAUAUGUGUAUAUCAGUGCCAUUGGCAGCAUUCUGAGACUCUGUCCCUAUGUCUUGCCAGUAUUAAUUUCUCUGUGAUAUAUUUCAAUUCCAGAAAGAAUUUUGGAUUUUGGAUUCUACAUCACGAUCGAAGUUUUGUGUUUUUUUUU